CGGACUUUUCCCUGUCUUGUGAUUGGAUCACAAAUCACUGAUGAUGAAUGCAGACAAACAUGGCGCUGCCCAUGGGUUCAAGUCGAGGAUUCUUGAAGUUGGGUUUGUCGGAAGCUAGUUAUGGCGUUUGGAUACCGGGGUUUGUUCAAGUAAGGCACAGCCGUUAUCCACGAUACUACGCAAGACCGGUUGUGGACCAGACAGCUUACCAAGAUGGCCAACUGCCACUUGAUGUCAGCAGGCCAGUGAGAGCUGCUACGUGUGAUAUAUCCUCCUCAGAUCUCUUCUAUGAUCCACUGAUAAAUAAAUUCGUCAACAUCAUGAACAAGAAGGGCAAGAGGCAAACCGUCAAGAAGAUAAUGGACCGGACUUUGGAGAAGGUGAAAAGAGAACAGUUGGUGAAGUACAACAAAGCCCCCGAAGCUGAGAGGUCAAGUGUUGAGAUCAAUCCACGAGUGAUCUUCCUCAAAGCUAUUGAGAACUGCAAGCCCUUAAUGGGUCUCGCCGUUGUGAAGAAGGGUGGCAAAAACUACCAGGUGCCAACCCCCUUGACUCCCAGCCGACAGAGAUUCCUGGCCAUGAAGUGGAUCCUGGAAGAAUGCAGCACCAAACCACUCAAAGUUCACAUGCCGGUCAAGCUGUCCAGCGAACUGCUGGAUGCUUACAACAACACGGGUAAAGUCAUCAAGAGAAAGCAUGAUCUACACAAGCAGUGUGAAGCCAACAGGGCCUAUGCACAUUUCAGAUGGUGGUAGGAGGAUUGCAAAGCAGCACCUUAUUUAUACAGACAAUGCACCGUGUGUCUGGGAGGAAAUGACUAAUGGAUCCCCACGAGAUUUACCUGGCUAUUCUUCGGUAACAAAGGCUGCCCUUUGCACAGACCUGAAGUGCACUCAACGUCCUCAAAGGAUGGCUCCCAAGGCUUACCAGUUCCAUGGACGCUCGCCAUCGAAGCGGAGCAAUUGUGACAACCCACCUUUUCCACCUCUUCAACGACUCCCCCCCCCAAAAAAAACAAUAGCAGCCUGAUGGCUGUAGCUGCAUAGGCCGUUUUAGCAGUGGUUUCGGACUUUGGUCAUUUGCAUGCAUGCUGUCAAGUUCCUGUUAAAGGUUUGAUUUAAAACCAAAGUCUGAAGAGCAGAACCCUGGCGAGGCGUAUACCAGAGUAAGAUAGAACAAAGGAAAGACAAAUGCAUUAAAAACUAACCAAAUACAAAGAAAUCAAAACAAAGCUUUUCUAAAUAUCAACAAUGACUGUAUUUUUGUCUGUGGUGGGCUGUACAAGAAACAAAUACUGUUCAACAAACAGUUCCAAGUUUUUUCUUCAACCGGAUAAAUAUACAAUCUUGAAACUCUGUGUACAGUCAUUAAUAUUAAACAAUGCCCAUUACUUUGGAGGAAUUGUUUUUCUUUCAUUUUUUGACAGAAACACUUGUUGAAUAAUUGGCAGAUUUACACAUUUGUAAAACAUAUUUCUGAUCCAUAAGCACAUAUACAGUUUUCUGUACUAAAAUAAAUUUUCUUUCAAAACACACAGAUCUUUGCUUCCUUUCCUUGCCUGUUUAUAUUCCAGCGCUUUGUACAACACAGACUCCACUGAAUAAUGCAGUGCACAUUAAAUUACUACUAGUGGGAAUAUCAACAAAGUUGCUAUGUGCAACAACACUGCAUGUACAAUCACAGGUCAAACUUAUACAGAACACAAAAAUGGUCUUUGAAAAAACUACCAUCUCAUGAUGAACCUUUUAAUUUUUUUUUUCAAUUACUGAUGUGCUGACAAACCAGACCUUUCUGAAGCAGUUUCCACUCUGCUUAUCAGUCCUGAAGUUUUCUACUAUUUGUCUU